AUCAAGUAGGCCUGACUACCAUUAGCAUUCAACAGCCACGGCAAUGUCUACAUUCCUGCCCUGAUUUGCAGACGGCCUACUGUUCUUUCAUGGUCGCCAUUAUGAAGCCGUGCAUCAUUCUGUUCGUUGCGUGGUUCACUUGUUUGGGUCAAGUAUUGGCUUCCCAUGACAACCGCUGUCACCACAAGAGAUUCCUCAGGUGCGCUACAGCCAUAUCUCACCUGCAGGUUCCCAUGAUCGAAUCCAAGAGCCCUGAAGACUUCAGUGACCCUCAGUCUGUUGUGAAGAAAUUCUGCAGGAAGGCCCACAGAAGCCUGAGCUGUGUGUACAACCAACUACCGGACUGUGAGGGUCACGUGAAGACUGACGGGGUAGAGGACAGAGCCGGGAUGCUGUCCUAUGUGUGUGGAGAAGGAAGGAAAGAUUUAAUUGCGGGGUCGUCCUGCUGGCUUAACAACAACGUUGCCUCCCGGAUACGCCACUGCAAGGCCAAACACGACGUCGACAACAUCGCCACCAGAGUGCAUGAUGGCAACAUCACCGACACGUAUGCGUACUGCGGCUCCCUCGACAGCUUCGUGUGGGCAUGCAUGGGAGACUGGACCAUUAAGAGAUGCCCUUACAACCUGGCCGCCUUCAUCAUCCGGGCACUUAACCCUGAGAGACUCUCCGCCCAGCUGAAGUGUUGACCGUUGUCUGUGACUGAUCGGGAGCUGUAGGUGGCUGUAGUAUUGCUACAUCCACAGUUGAUUCAUGUCACAGUAUCUGUGACGUCACUUGUUUGAUGACGUGGUGCCCUGGCCACUGUCAGUAGGGAACAGUUGUGAUGACAGAAGCAUAGGGUCAGAGCCAUGUCAUAACGCGACCUUAUCUCUACGACAAUACUCCCACACUUUAACAGGCUUACGAUAGUCGUAGUGAUAAGAUCGCUCUGUGAAAUGUGACCCGGGUUCCCGUUUUUAAAAACUCUACUGUCAUAACCUAGUUAUUCCACUCGCAUUUGGUCAUUGCUACUGCAGAACUUUAGUGCGUGCGUGCGUGCGUGCGUGUGUGUGUGUGUGUGUGUGUGUGUGUGUGCGCGUGCGUGCGUGUUUGUUAGUGUGUGU